UUUUUCAGUGCAUUGUAAUUUAUUUUGUUUCAUUUGUAUGAUAACCAGUGGAGCAAUGAUUUGGCCACAAAUGCCAACCAUUAUCAAUCAUAAGGGUCUUCAGAACUGUUAGUGCAUUGUUCAAAUAAUUGUUAUACAUUUCACUGCUACUGUGUGUUAAACUAGAUUCCGUUCAGCAUCUGUAUUUUUCAGGUAGCUAUUGGGUUAAAGUUUUAUAAUCACUCACAUCUAUUUUUAUAUUAGGACGAUCCUAUUUCUGAUACUUAGAUUAGAUCUAGCAUACCACUGUCACAGGUCCUCUCAGCUGUCGCAGUGUAGAAUCUUUUGGCAGGAGCAAUAGUGCAAACAAAUUUCCAUAUACAGUGCAAGAUCUAUAUUUAUGAUGGAAUUGGACCCAAAUCUAAAUGACUAGAUCAUAGUCAUUCCUCAAACCUUCUGCUCUCCCCCGUAAGUGAGUUUUUCACUUUAAAACUGAGAUUUUCUUUACUAAAUAGAGAGUUUCACACUAUGAAAUCAUAAAUGUUCAAUGGAGAGCUGAUGUCCAAAUCCAUUCCUGAUUUUGUGCAGUACCCACUGACUACAGUUGCAGAAGUGACAAAGCAACUGUGCCACAGAGAGUGGAGAGCAACUACAGAAAAGCUAAGAGUUUUGAGCUGGGAGACAUUUUAAAUUAUCUAAGAACUUCACAAUGAUAUUUUUCUUGUUUGAAUUUGCUGUGAACCACUUUUUCCUCUUCACUCUUUGCUGCCUGGUGGUGUCUACUGUGGUAUUAAAAUGCAUGGACCACAUUCGCACCAGUAUGAAUAUAGAGAAAGCACAAAAGCAAAGAGAGGAUUCCCUUCAUCUCAUGGAGAAGGUUAUCACAGGCUUUAAGGAACAGCAUCCUGAUGUUGAUACCGGCCAUAUAGUUUCUCUGACUCUGUCCCAGUUGGUGGACCAGCUAAAGAAAGGCUCCCUGACUGCCGAAAGUGCUCUCAUUGCCUAUACAGAGAAGGCUUUGGAAGUCAAUAAGGAACUAAACUGCCUGACAGACUUUCUGUCCGAGUGUGAGGCCCAACUUCAGGAAGUGAAGAAACAGAAAGAAAAAGGCCUGCUGUAUGGAGUGCCCAUUACCUUGAAGGACAAUGUUGGAUAUAAGGGCCAUGAUUCCCACUGUGGACUUGUACAAUUCCUUGGCAUCGUGGACCAAGAGGACAGUGUGAUUGUGCAAGUUUUAAAGAAGCAAGGGGCUGUCCCCUUUGUGAAAACCAAUAUACCCCAGUCCAUGAUAAAUUUUGACUGCAGCAAUUCCAUCUUUGGACAGACCUUGAAUCCCCAUAAUCACAAAAAGACAUGUGGGGGUUCCAGCGGUGGGGAGGCUGCUUUGAUCGCAGGAGGAGGGGCAGUACUUGGUGUGGGUACAGAUGUCCUUGGAAGUAUCCGAAUGCCUUGCAGCUUUUGUGGCAUAUGUGGCCUAAAACCAUCAGGGAAUCGACUUAGUUCCUUGGGAUUUUCUACACCUGUCAGUGGAAUGAAAUCAGCUGUGAUGAUGCCUGGACCAAUGGCAAGGGAUGUAGAUAGCCUGGCUUUGUUUAUGAAGGCUGUUCUAUGUGAUGACAUGUUCCAGCUUGAUCCAACAGUCCCCCCUGUUCCAUUUAGAGAUGAGAUUUAUAACAGCUCAAAGCCUCUUACGAUUGGAUUUUAUGACACAGAUGGAUAUUUUCUACCAACCCCUGGUAUGAAAAGGGCAAUUCAGGAAACCAAAGCUCUGUUGGAAGAAGCAGGUCACAAGCUUGUUCCUUUUUCUCCACCACGCAUAGAAUAUGCACUAAAUGAGCUUUGUAUAAGAGGAUUUUUUGCAGAUGGAGGGUCCACUUUAGUUGAGAAAUUCAAUGCAGACAUAGUGGACCCUAACCUGAAACAGCAGAUGCUUCUGUAUAAAGUACCCACCCUUGUGAAGAAGAUCAUAUCCUUUUUCAUGAGACCGAUAUUUCCACGAAUUGCAAACCACGUGGAUGCGCACUGUGGUGUUGGCUCUGUCAAACAGCUGUGGAAACAUAACACUGCGAUAAAGGAGUAUCGUUGUGAAUAUAUUAAUGAAUGGAAAAAGCUGAAUUUGGAUGCCUUGCUGUGUCCAAUGUUGGGUCCAGCCUUUAAUAUUGGAUGCCCUGGAAAACUCUUUGCUGGCUUUUGCUUCACCAUGCUGUUCAACAUUUUGAACUUUCCUGCUGGGGUUCUACCUGUUACCACUGUUACACCUGAAGACGAGGAAGAACUGAAGCAUUACAAAGGAUACUAUAAUGAUCUUUGGGACAAAGAAGUGAUAAUGGGAAUGCAAGAUGGCGCUGGACUCCCAUUGGCCGUGCAGUGUGUGGCAUUACCAUGGCAAGAAGAACAGUGUCUUCGACUUAUGAAGGAAGUGGAGAAUGUAACUCGUGGAAAAAUAAACAUGUGAAGGUCCAAUCUUGGUCUGCAAUAACGCAGAUGACUUUAUAUGACUCUAUCAAUGAAUGACACACAUAAGAGUAAAACACAAAGACAAGAAACUGCCAUAUUCCUACAGAUUAUUGGAGGUGCUAUUAUAGUUUAGAUUGAUAAAAUAAUAAUAUGUUUAUUGUGAGUAGUAUCAUUUAUUAUAAGCCUCACUUUGGUGGCUAAUUACCUAAUGCAUUUCAAAGACUCGAAUGCCUGGUAUUUAUGCAAAAAAA